GGAAAAAUUUGUUUAGUAAAUUAAAAGUGGAUAAGAAGAAAUGUUUUAAAGGGAUUAAAAUAAUAUAUUGAAGUGAUAAAGAAAAUAAUAAUAAUUUAAAAUAAGUCUCAAACACAUUAAACAAUAUAGGAACAAAUAUAUUUUAAAAAAUGAGUGAAAGCUCGGUGGAUGUACCGGAGACCGUGGAGCAGGCAUCAACUGUAAAUGAGUCAAAACAUAAAAAUGAAGUAGCUAAAGGUGAUAUGCAAAAUUCUCCCACUUUAACUAAUAUAGAAUUAGUUAAUGAAGAAAAAUCAUCUGUGCUAGAAGACGAAGUGGAUAAGAGCCAAUCGACUGCUUCUUUAGAAUCCAAAAUUGAAGUGCUACGAGAAAACACGGAUCCUUUAAGAGAAACGCAACAAACAUUAGAAUCCACUACUGAUGAAAUAACUAAAAUAAACUCAAACAAAGAAGAAGAGCAAUCACAGUCCACUUCCUCACCUUUAGACACACAAAUUAAACAGGCACAAAGUUCAAGAACUGAUGUAGAAUCAGAAAACAUUGCUGAAACAUUAAAAACGAAAACAUCCAAUGAACAAGAAAAUUCUAACACUAUGGCCACUGCGGUAAAAUGUGUUGGUAAAACUAAGAAUGAAGAUUAUAAAAAAGCAAAUACCAAGGAUGAAUAUGCCGAGCAUGUUACCUACAGAGAGGAUGGCACUGCUAUUUAUACUGAUCCAAAAACUAAUUUUCAAUACAAAUGGUGUACCAAAGAAAAUAACUGGAUAGCAUACGAUACAACUACCUCCACAAAUCCAUAUGAAAAUGAGCAUUAUAAAUGGUGCAGUGAAACUCAGAAAUGGAUACCUAAACAGACACAAGUAACCGAAACCGAACAUUACAAAUGGGAUGCAGAAAAAAAUCAGUGGGUAGCAAAAAUUAAAGAAACUGCUGCCACAACGGGUCUAACGAAUCCAGCGGAAAUUGUGUAUGAAAUUGAUGAAAAUGGUCAACGUACUUAUACCGACAAAGAUGGUACAGUUUUCUUUUGGGAUGUCGAAAAGAACGCCUGGUUUCCCAAAAUCGAUGAUGAUUUUAUGGCACGCUAUCAAAUGAGUUACGGAUUCAUUGAUAAUACUAGUGAAAGUGAAAGGGAGAAAGAAAAACUUGAGCUAGAAGCGGCUGUGCAAAAAGAAAAAGAAUUAGCCCGAAUGGUGGAGGAAGCCAAGGCAAACGAAGAAGCCUCAAAAGAGGCCGCCAAACAAGGCGUCAAGCGUAAACAACCGCAAGAGCCACCCAAAUGGUUUGAUAUAGAUCCUUCUCAAAAUACAAAAGUUUAUGUAUCCAAUUUACCUUUGGAUAUAACACUAGAUGAAUUUGCUGAAGUCAUGAGUAAAUGUGGCAUGAUAAUGCGUGAUCCUCAGACUCAAAAAUACAAAUUAAAAUUGUAUACCGAAUCAGAUGGUCAAAUCAAAGGAGAUGGUUUAUGUGAUUAUAUUAAGGUCGAAUCAGUUGACUUGGCUUUGAAUAUUCUAGACGAGUAUGAUCUUCGAGGCAAUAAGAUACGAGUGCAAAGAGCACAAUUUCAAAUGAGAGGCGAAUAUAAUCCGGCACUAAAGCCCAAACGAAAAAAGAAGGACAAAGAGAAAUUGGCUAAAAUCAAGGAAAAACUUUUUGAUUGGCGUCCGGAAAAAAUGCGCGGAGAAAGAUCUAAACAUGAAAAAACAGUAAUUAUCAAAAAUCUCUUCCAUCCGGAAUUGUUCGAAAAGGAAGUACAAUUGAUACUGGAUUAUCAAAAUGAUUUAAGAGAGGAGUGCAGCAAAUGUGGCACCGUACGCAAAGUUGUAAUAUAUGAUCGACACUCGGAAGGUGUAGCUCAAGUUAAUAUGUCAUCCCCAGAAGAAGCUGACUUGGUAAUACAAAUGAUGCAUGGCAGAUUUUUUGGUAAACGCCAAUUAACGGCUGAACAUUGGGAUGGCAAAACUAAAUAUAAGGUCGAAGAAACCGAAGAGGAAAUACAGAAACGUUUAAAUAAAUGGGAUCAAUAUUUGGAAACAGAGGAGAAUAAAAAAUCGAAUUUGCAGGAGGAAGAAACUAAGAAAGUAGAAAAUACUGAAUCACAAGAUUCAGUACGGCAGCCUUAUAGUGAAACAGUAAAACGUGAAGAGUUGCUAGACCAUACAGCGACGUCUAAUACUGAAGAAACCCAAAAAGAUGGAACCACUUUCGAUGCGAUCUGAAGGAAAAUCUAAACAAAAGUUAAAAAAACCUGUAGACAGGUUUAAAAAGCAACUUGAGAUUUGAAUUUAAUAAAUAGCAUGAAAUUAUACAUUAAA